UUAGAAAAAAGUGAAGAUCAGAAGGCCCACGUUUUUCUUCCCCAACGAAAGCGAAACCACAGAAACGGAGCCGGAGGCUGAGCCAGAAUAGCAGGGGGGUUGGAUCAGAGCAGAAGCACAUUUUGGUUCAGGGCAAAUGGCUUCGAAUCCUUCGCUCCUGCCCGAGAUCGGACCCGAUGGUCUCCCUCGUGAAGCCCCUGUUAUUGCCUACACCGAGAAGAUAAUUGCGGAAGAGCAGCUUCAAUUAAAGAAAUACAUUGAAGAAAAUUAUUCUAAAAUUCGUGAUGUUGAAAGAGAGCUAGGAAAUCUUACAUUGGAGAUGAAACUUACUGCUGGGCCAAAAAAAGCAGCACUUGAACAUUUGAGAAAGAAAAUAGAAAUGUCAACGGAGAGAAUUCGUCUUGCCAAGCUGAAGGAAGAAGAAGCACAAAAGGCGUGGGAGGCAGCAUUGAAGGCUGUGAAGGAUGAGGAAGCAAUUAAGCAGAAGCUAUGUGAAGACUUGAGCCAAUUGGUUCAAGAAAGCAGUAGCAUGCAGUUUGCCAGACUGGAGGAAUUGAAAAGACGACUAGAAGCCUUGAACCCAAGUAGAGUAUCCAUCUCUGUUCCUUAUGCACUUGGACCUCUCAACCUGAACUCUUACAUGGAUGGGAAAGCAGUGGAACCUCCCCAGAAUACCACAGCUACAAAUGCUUCUGUUCCUCGAACGACAGAACCAGGUGCUGGAGUCGCUGCAAAUAUCCCCAGUGAAGGACGUUCUGGAAAUGUUCCAGUGACGAAUGGGCAAAAUCAACAGCUCUCUGUUGAGGGAGAGGGAAGAGGGAGGAAGAAAAGUCAGUUCCAAGGAAGAGGAAAGGGAAUUGGGGCUGUGCCUAAGGGUAGAGGAUCUCCUGCACCUGGCUGGACUGGGGCUGGGUUUGAUGUGGAUGGUAGAACCUAAGACCACCACUCCGAAUUAUUUUCUAGAGUCAUAGAACAAGAAUCUGUUGCUUUUGCUCGGCCACUGGUACAUACUUUAGUUGAUGUUUUUGCUUUCGUGUAUUCUUUUAAUUGCCUGUAGUUUGUUGUUAAGAAAAUGCAAUCUUCAUUGGUACCUGAAAGUCAUGUACACUAAUGUAAUAUUUCAACAAGAAAUAAUAAUAUCACUUUUCAAUGUU